ACACAGUGUGCUCCAGACAGUAGAUUGCCAGCGGUGGGACUAUCAUGGAGUUCAGACGAGUGUGCCUGCUUCUGUGCCUCUUUUGCUGUGCCCAAGUGACCUACCAACAGAAAAAACAAAGGCAAACUAGUAAAGAUGUAGUAAGCAUGAAAAUGUAUGAAGAAGUAAAGAAAGAAUUGCAAGACCUUUGGCAGGAGGUAAAUCACCUGAAGGAACAACAGGCAUUGCAGACAAUUUGCCUGAAGGGCUACAAGGGUCUAAACAAAUGUUACCUGUCCUUUUCUGAAGCCCAGACUUACCAUGCAGCCAGUGACACCUGCAUUUCACAAGGCGGAACCCUGAGUGCUCCAGAGAACGGAGAUGAAAAUGAUUCUUUAUAUGAUUAUGUUCGGAAGAGCUUAGGUUCCAGUUCUGAGGUUUGGAUAGGUAUCAAUGAUAUGGCUAAUGAAGGAACCUGGGUUGAUAUGACUGGUAGCCGUAUCUUCUUCAAACAUUGGGAAACGGAAAUAACCACUCAGCCUGAUGGCGGCAAACAAGAGAACUGUGCCUCUCUGUCUGCUGUUGCCAUUGGGAAAUGGUUUGAUAAAAACUGCAAAGACACCCUGCCUUUUGUGUGUCAGUUUGCAAUUGUUUAGUUGCCAAAUCUCCUGUAUAAAGCUAGCCAUGUUUGAGAGAGCUCAUAUGUAGCAACAUUUACAUACGUCACCUGAAAAGAAUAAAAAUUCUGCUUAUUAUAGUAGUUAUAGACUAGACCCAGACUUUAACAUGCUGCCACAAGUAUAUUUAUUUACACUUAUAUAUUGUAUAUAGCUUACAGACAGUGGAAGUAAUUAUUGUCUAGUGCUAUCAUUAUGGUAUAAUGUUAAGAAAACACUAAUAAAAUCUUUGUAUGUUCAUAUCACUGUUUAAUGUUUUACAUUGCAGUACUUUGAAACUAUUGUCAAGAUA